UGAACAUUGACGCUUGGUCAAUUUGUAUUUCAACAUGGCUGGAGUUCUGUUUGAGGAUAUUUUCGACGUCAAAGACAUCGACCCAGAAGGGAAAAAAUUCGACAGAGUUUCUCGACUUCACUGUGAAAGUGAAAGUUUUAAAAUGGAUCUUAUACUUGAUGUGAAUACCCAGAUCUAUCCAGUUGAUUAUGGGGAAAAAUUCAGACUGGUUUUGGCUAAUACUCUCAAAGAAGAUGGCACCCCAGAUGAUGGGGAAUAUAACCCUUCAGACAGUGGACCCUCACGUGCUGACCAGUUUGAAUAUGCCAUGUAUGGAAAAGUUUACAGAAUAGAAGGAGAUGAAAGUGGAGUUGAUGCUCCAACAAGACUAGCUGCAUAUGUGUCUUUUGGUGGUCUACUAAUGAGGCUUCAAGGUGAUGCUAACAAUUUACAUGGAAUGGAAGUAGACGACCAUGUGUACCUCUUGAUCAAGAAGCUGGCUUUUUAAAUGGGUUUGCUUCUGUGGCUAAUAUGACACCAAGAGGAAUAGUUUCUCCUCUUAAAAAUUUUAGUCUUCAUGAACAGUAGGUUGCAGGUACAGGCAUGAGAUGAUCAUGUUUUAGUUAUGGAGCAUGGCUGUUUAUGUAAAAAGGAACAGAAGAGCUUAUUUUGUACCCUUGUGUAGGUAUACUUUCUCAUGGUUGUUAUUAUGGCAAGAAAAUAGAAAUGUUUGCUUCUUGACUAUCAAAUCUAAAAUGUUGCCCUAACUUGUUUCUGUUUUCAAUUAUUUCAAUAAAUGUUUGGUGAUACUAAUGUCUCUCAAGAUUAUACCAAUGGAGAGUGAACAUCAUAAAUCCCAACAAAGUUUAUUUUAUUACAAGCUACAGCAACAGUGAAGAAAAAUGUCAGGCUUUUGGUAGGAGAACAUGGUUUCACUCUUGUACAUGACCUGAGUGUUACUCAGCAGUACAGAAAUAAAGAAUGUAACAACACAAUAUUGAUAACAUUGUGAAACAAUUUUGCAGUCAA